GUCCCAGCCAACGAAACAUCCGGUCUCUUCUGUCAGAGUCUCUCCAGAAAGUUCUGCACCCAGGAGCGGCUUAUAAGAGCCGGCGAUCCUCCCCCUCCACGACCAGAGGAACACGACCCGCAGCUUGGAGAUAGCGCACAACUGGCAAAUUAGUCACCAUGGUUCACGAAACCGGCUACUACGACCUGCUGGGUGUCAGCCCUACUGCCUCUAUGGAUCAAAUCAAAAAAGCCUACAGGAAACUGGCUCUGAAAUACCACCCCGACAAGAACCCCAACGAAGGAGAGAAGUUCAAGCACAUAUCUCAAGCGUACGAGGUGCUGUCAGAUCCAAAGAGGAGAGACCUGUACGACCAAGGAGGGGAGCAGGCCAUCAAAGAAGGAGGCAUGGGCGGAGGUUCUUCUCCGAUGGACAUUUUCAACAUGUUCUUUGGAGGUGGAGGUCGCAUGCAGAGAGAGAGAAGAGGGAAGAAUGUCGUCCACCAGCUUAGUGUUACACUGGAGGAGAUGUACAAUGGUAGUACUAGGAAGCUGGCCCUUCAGAAGAAUGUCAUUUGUGAAAAAUGCGAAGGAUACGGUGGUAAGAAGGGUGCUUUGGAGAAAUGCUCAAAUUGCAAAGGAAGAGGGGUACAGGUCAAGGUGCAGCAGAUCGGGCCAGGCAUGAUUCAGCAGAUCCAGAGCAUGUGUUCAGAUUGCCAGGGACAGGGCGAGAAAUUUAACUCCAAGGACCGCUGCAAGAAUUGCAAUGGACUCAAAGUAGAACGCAAGAAGAAAAUCUUGGAAGUUCACAUUGACAAAGGUAUGAAAGAUGGCCAGAAAAUUACAUUCCAUGGUGAAGGUGACCAGGAACCUGGACUCGAGCCCGGGGAUGUAAUCAUCGUGCUGGACCAGAGGGACCACCCAGUUUUCCAGAGACACGAGGACAAUUUAAUAAUGAAGAUGGACAUCAAACUUGUUGAGGCCUUGUGUGGUUUCAAGAAGACCAUUCAGACGCUAGACAAGAGAACACUCAUCGUCACCUCACAUCCAGGUGAAGUAAUAAAGCCCAACGACGUCAAAUGUAUUCAGAAUGAAGGCAUGCCAAUUUACAGGGAUCCUUAUGACAAGGGGCAGCUUAUUGUUCAGUUCCAGGUUGAAUUCCCAGAUAAACACUGGCUCCCAGAGCACCUUAUGUACCAGCUGGAAAGACUGCUCCCUCCCAGAGAGGAUGUGAUGAUUACCGAUGACAUGGAGGAGGUGGAUCUCUGCGAGGUGGACGAUCAGGCACGACAGAGAAACUACAGCAGGGAAGCUUAUGAGGAAGAUGAGGAGGGUCCCAGAAGCGGAGUGCAAUGUCAGACACAGUGAUUGAUGUCCACUCUACACUGAAAUGCAUGUUGGGAUUCUGUUAAUGUUUGGAAUUUAUUUUUGUGUUGUUUUUGUACAAUGGUUGACCUAUGCCUUUAAGUCUCCAGUUCAUAGUAACGCGCUGUAAAUUAGUGAGAUUAAGUUGAACUGUUGUGAAUGCCAACAAUGUGUGAUUUCUUUGCUGGGUACAUGAGUAUGCAAGCCGAGUAGUGCGCUCCCAAAGUUAUGAAACUGUAUUUUGGCGUUACUGUUUUGUCUUGUGUAUUUAAGAUCCAUGUCUUUUAUAUGUGUGUUUCUCACAAAAUUUACGGCACAAAUGAUUUUGUUUCAUCCAGAAGCAGAACGGACUACAUGUAUGCUUUCUGUGAAGGUAAUUUUGAAGUCACAAACAUUUUGGAGUACUUGUCAAUAAAAGUCCCAGAAUGCUUCAACUUUUA